UGAAAAUUAGCCAACUACACUCUAUAGAAGCCGGUUUAACAUGUGAAAUUGGACAGACGAUUGCCAACGUACUCUCAUCAUUUUCGUUUUCAAUUUUCAUUUUAGCUCCUCUUUUUCUUUUCUAGGGUUUCAUCAACGUCUUUCCCAAUUUAAUCUGACCCAACAAUUCCCACCAUGGCUGAAGUCAUCAACAUGCCCGUUGAUUCUCUGGACCGCCGCAGCCGCGAACGCAAGGACAAGUCAUCUGCCGACGACCCCCAAUCGUCCUCUCCGCCACCACCUCCUCCGCCGCAGAAUAUCUCUCGACGACGCGACAGAGACUCCAGAGAUAGAGAGCUCGACAGGCCGCCAAAUCGACGCGGCGUUGAUUAUUAUGAUAGGAAUCGGUCUCCCCCGCCAAGAGAGAGGGAGCGAGACUACAAGAGGAGGAACAGUUUAAGUCCUCCUCCCGUACCAUACAGGGACAGGAGGCAUUCCCCGCCACCGAGGAGGUCACCCCCGUAUAAGAGGUCGAGGAGGGAAGAUGGAGGGUAUGAAGGGAGGAGAGGGAGCCCUAGAGGUGGAUUUGGACCCGGCGAUAGAAGGUUUGGAUAUGACUAUGCUGGUGGGUAUGAACGUGAGAUGGGGGGUAGGCCUGGAUUUCCUGAAGAGCGGCCUCAUGGCCGGUACAUGGGUCGUGCAGGUGGAUAUCAAAGUGGUCCCUCUGACUGGGAUUCUGGACGUGGUGGUUAUGUUGAUUCUUCCAACACAGUGAGUACUCAAAGAGAAGGCUUGAUGUCAUACAAGCAAUUCAUUCAGGAGCUUGAAGAUGAUAUUCUACCAGCUGAGGCGGAGCGCAGAUAUCAAGAAUACAAGUCAGAGUACAUUUCUACUCAGAAACGAGUUUUCUUUGAGGCUCAUAAAGAUGAAGAAUGGUUGAGAGACAAAUAUCAUCCAACCAAUUUGGUUUCAGUCGUAGAAAGGAGAAAUGAAUUGGCACGGAAGGUUGCAAAAGACUUUUUGCUUGACUUGCAAAGUGGAACCUUGGACUUAGGUCCUGGUAUCAAUGUCCCAUCUGCAAAUAAAUCAGGACAGACAAGUGAUCCAAAUUCUGAUGAUGAAGUAGACAGUGGAGGUAAAAGAAGACGGCAUGGCCGUACACAAGCUAAAGAAACUGAUAUUCUCUCAGCUGCUCCUAAGGCUCAUCCAGUAAGCUCAGAACCCAGAAGAAUUCAAAUUGAUGUUGAACAAGCUCAGGCCCUUGUGCGUAAGCUUGACUCUGAAAAAGGAAUUGAAGAAAAUAUUUUAGGUGGAUCUGAUAAUGACAAAAUCAAUAGAGAGAAAUCUCAUAGCAGCUCCACCGGCCCUGUUAUCAUUAUACGAGGCUUAACCUCUGUCAAAGGCCUGGAGGGCGUUGAACUAUUGGAUACACUUAUCACUUAUCUUUGGCGGGUCCACAGUUUGGAUUAUUAUGGAUUGGUCGAAACCAAUGAAGCUAAGGGUCUUAGGCAUGUGAGAGCAGAGGGGAAAAAUGCUGAUGCAACUGAUAGUGGGAAUGAGUGGGAAAAGAAACUGGACUCACAUUGGCAAGAAAGGUUGAGGAGUCAAGAUCCUUUUGAAUUAAUGACUGCAAAGGAAAAGAUAGAUGCUGCUGCUGUUGAAUCCUUGGAUCCUUAUGUCCGAAAGAUUAGGGACGAAAAAUAUGGUUGGAAGUAUGGCUGUGGAGCCAAGGGUUGCACAAAGCUCUUUCAUGCUGCUGAAUUUGUGCACAAGCAUCUUAAACUGAAACACCCUGAACUUGUGAUGGAGCUGACAUCCAAAGUGCGGGAAGAGUUGUAUUUCCAGAACUAUAUGAGUGAUCCAGAUGCACCUGGUGGCACACCUGUUAUGCAACAGCCUUUACAGAAAGAGAAGCCACAGAGACGCAAGCUAGGUCCAGAAAAUCGCUUGAAGGAUGAACGAGGUGGCCGCAGAGACCGUGACAGUAGAGCAAAUGGCAGUGAAAGAUUCGAUAGGUCUGAAAACCAACAGUCAGGUGACUUUCAGUCCAACAAUGAUGUUCCUGAAGGAGGGAAUCAUGAUGAUCCAAUGUAUGAUAAUUUUGGUGCACAAGGCAUGCGAGUGCCUCCUUUCCCAUCAGAUAUACCUCCACCACCAGUAUUGAUGCCUGUACCUGGUGCUGGCCCAUUAGGUCCUUUUGUUCCUGCUCCACCUGAAGUUGCAAUGCGGAUGUUCAGAGAGCAGGGUGGCCCCCCUCCAUUUGAAGGUGGUGGCAGAAGUGGAAGGCCUGGGCCUCAGUUAAGUGGACCAGCACCUAUUCUUCUAUCUCCAGCUUUUCGACAGGAUCCUCGGCGAAUACGCAGCUAUCAAGAUCUAGAUGCACCAGAGGAUGAAGUCACUGUUAUAGAUUACAGGAGUUUGUAGGUGUCACUGUUAGAAAGAUGGUGAAGCAUUCAGAUCUGGAGAUUUAUUUUUCAUUUUAUCCAGCAAAGGCAACUCCUGCUAGUUCAGAGUCAACUUCGGUUGUUAUGAGCACAUCCAGCUGAAGAAGAAAUCGUCUUUACUUAGAUCUUUGGGGAUUGGACAGCCAGCGUCUUAGUGGUAAUGUGACAUGGCCUGCUGUGAUAUCACUGCAGAUUGUGUGUUAGAGAUGCAAAAGUCUUUUUUUUUUUUUUUUCCAAAAAAAGAAAAAAAAUUCCCCUCAUGUUACAUUUGAUACGAAUCCUUAUAUGUAUUUAGGGGGUGGGAAUAUAUAGAAUGCUAGAGAAAACUUUUUGUGUAAAACGGCCUAGUGCGGACAACAUAUUUCAGCUGGCUGUCCAUUCAUUUACUCUAGACUGCUUACUGUUGAGUUAGCUUUUGAAUUGUCCUUUUGACAAUAAAAGAGGUGGAAACCUUUGUGGAUGAUGAACAAGCAUUUGAUGAUAGAUUGACACUAGCAGCUAUAUUAGGGUGUGGAUGUAUUAUAUUUUAACAUUUUCCAUGAACUUGUGAUUAGAAUUGCCA